GGAUUCUGAUAGGUUUUGGUUCGAAAAGCCUGAUAUGUUUACUUCUGAUGAACGAAUUAUCAUACGAAAUACGACACUUCGAGAUAUCAUAACUCGUAACAUUAAUAGUAGCACACAUUUCCCACAAAAUAUUUGGUCAGUUCAGCCUCAGAUGGUACUUAACAAUAGUGAUGAUAUUAAUUAUCCAACCAAGAUUAGUACUUGGAGUCAAUAUAUUGUGAGUUAUAGAGUUGAUAUGGCAUAUGUGUAUUUCAAAGUUCAACUUCAAACUUCUGAUGGCAAUGGUUGGUUUGGAAUGGGAUUUGAUCCAGAGGAUGAAGGAAUGAAAGGUGCUGAAUUUAUCAUUGGCAUUGUUACCGAUGGAAAUGUCACAUUGGGAAAUUAUCAUGCUGAUGUAGGCGGUUACCAUCCUCCCCUACGUGAUUCAAAUCAAGAUCCCACUCUUAUACCAAAGUUUUCUAUGUCUAAUAAGAAAGCUGUAACCGUAGAGUUCAGAAGACCUCUCAAUCCGCCAGGAAGAAAACGAAUUACUCAUGGUGAUAUGAAAUAUUCUACAGAAGCUUUAUUGACUUCAAAAGAUACAACUUUUAACAAUUAUUCAUCUGUGCUUGCAAAAUAUAUAAAUCACCUUCAAAGAGAGCCAGAACCUCGAAGAAAAAUGUCAGCUGCCAAAUUUAUCGAUAACAUUAAUAAAAUGGUGUCAAUGGUUAUAGGCAAAGUAAAUGAAAGAGUGAAUGAAAAAGGACAUUUGACUCAAGAUCGUAGAUCUCCUUGUCAAAAUCUAGAAUGCAAUCCCGUUGAAAUAGACACAAAAAGUAUCAAAUUUCACCGUUAUAGGCUUACAAGCAAGAAAAUGAUUAAUGCAAAUUGUGAAUAUCCUGUGAUGAGAUUUACAUUUACCAAAAUACAUCAAGCCGAAAAAGACGUUUACGCUGAGAAAUUCUUACCUGGACAUUACAUUGAGGUGCAAUCUAGAGUAAAUGGUCAAAUUGUAAUCAGAAGCUACACUCCCUUGGAAGGGUAUGAAAUUCAAGUACGUGGUCCAUUUGAUGCUUGUGAUAGAUGCAAGUCAUAUUUGGCGCCUACAUCGUUAAAUUCUCGUCUGAGCGUUUUACCAUCCGCAAAACCUCAUACUCCUUACGCCAGACUUACUGAAACGUUAUCUACGGCAAAAACUUCUUUAAUAAAUCCAAAUAGCCCGGAUGGUUGUUGGGAUGAAUUAUAUAUGAUUGCAGAAAACGAUACCAAUAAAUACAGACGAAUGCAUUUAUUAUUUGGGAACCGUAAAAUUGAAGAUGUUAUCGAUGGUAUAUUACUUGAAGAUCUUGCACUUUCAAGUCAAGGACAAUUAACUGUGACAUUCUGUCUAUCAGAACCGCCUUCUGAUUGGGAAGGUUUGAAAGGAAGAAUUAAUAAACGAAUAAUACGAGAUUGGAUGAAUCUGAUGCAGGGUUUGUCCCUUAAGACACCUAAUGAAACUCAGACGAAUAUUCUUCAUAGUCAUUCUAUACGUCGUGACCAUGAAACUCAGACGAAUAUUCUUCAUAGUCAUUCUAUACGUCGUGACCAUGAAACUCAGACGAACACUCUUCAUAGUCCUUCUAUACGUCGUGACCAUGAAACUCAGACGAAUAUUCUUCAUAGUCAUUCUAUACUUCGUGACCCAAAUGAAAAUCGCUGGAGUCUUUCAUCAACGUCAAAUCAUGAACCACCAUUCAUGAAGUCGCAUGAAAUUCCACCAAUGUCUCCACUGCGGCAAUACAAUACUGUAAGUGUACAUACACUUUCUAGGGAAUUUGCACUAUUUAUACAACCUGAGAAUCAAAUAUAUGAAGAUCAUAUAAAUGAAAUGGAACCUUACCUAGAACCUUACCUAGAACCGAAAGCAUCAUCAAAAAAAUCAAGAAUGCUUAGCAUUGAUCCAGAUUUAGCAAAUUCAAAAAAUGGGGAUAAUUUAACACAUGGAAAAAUUAUUGUUAGUGGUCCCUAUGGUAUGUUAGUUGCUGUUGAACAAGAUCUACUUGAGAUGGGAUUUAAUGAUGAC